AUGAGUAGACACAAAAGAACACAUAAAAACGAAAAACCUUAUCAAUGUGAUAUUCGUGGUCACAUGUCUAGCCAGAAAGAUGGCCUAACACGUCACAUGAAAUUAAAGCAUAAUAAUGAUGAACGUUCCAAAUCUAAUAAGGAUCUUUACAUUGGAGGUGUAUCAUACAAAUGCGGAACGUGUAAUAAGGAGUUUAAGAACAAAACGAAUUUACGUGGACAUGAAAGAACUCAUACAGGCGAAAAACCUUAUCAAUGUGAAUUUUGUAAUUAUAAAUCUAGGCUAAAAGCACAUCUAAGUAAUCACAUGAUAUCAAAACAUAAGGAUGAUGAACGUUUCAAGUCUAAUAAGGACCUAUAUGCAGGAGGUGUAUUACACAAAUGCGGAACGUGUAAUAAAGAGUUUAAGAACAAAACGCAUUUUCGUAACCACGAAAGAACUCAUACAGGCGAAAAACCUUAUAAAUGCGAACUUUGUAAAUAUAAAUCUAGGCAAAAGAUACAUCUACGUAGACACAUGAUAUCAAAACAUAAGGAUGAUGAACGUUCCAAUUAA